GGCCAGUCUGCCGUCUGCAGCGGGCUGGCGACGUCGGCCGACAUGCACCGCACCGAGAGGCAGCCGCUGCUGCGCGCACGCCCCCGCCAGGCGUACAGGGCCACCGACGACUUGGCGUCGGUGGCGCUGGACAUGAGCGACCUCUCGACGGCAGAGGAGGUCUCGUCCUGCGCCGAGGAGGCUGCCGACUGCCUGGCGCCGGGGGCUCCGAAGCGCCAGCCGCCGGGCCUAACCUACACGUGGAGGAGGCUGCGCGCGCACGGGGGCUCCGGCCGCGGCUCGGGGCGGGACGGAAAGCCGCUGCUCAGGGACGUGAGCGGCCAGGCGCUGCCCGGGGAGCUGCUGGCGGUGCUGGGCGCCAGCGGCGCUGGCAAGACCUCGCUGCUGCAGGCGCUCACCUUCCGCGCCGCCCUCCACUCGGGGGAGCGCCUGCUCAACGGCCGGCCCGCCGACGCCGCCCACCUCGCCGCCCACGCCGCCUACGUCGCCCAGCAGAACUACUUCGUGGGCGCCCUCACCGUCCGCGAGCACCUCAUCUUCCACGCAUUAUUGCGAAUGGAUCGCCACUUUCCCUAUGAUCUCAGGCUGAAGCGCGUAGAAGAACUCAUAUCAGAGUUUUCGUUGACCGACUGCCAGCACGUGAUGAUCGGUAUCCCUGGACGCAUCAGGGGCAUCAGCGGUGGCGAGAUGAAGCGGCUUGCCUUUGCAGCUGAGGUGCUGACCGACCCGCCGCUCAUGUUCUGCGACGAGCCCACGUCCGGCCUCGACUCGUUCACGGCGCUGGCCGUGGCGACCGCCCUCAAGGCGAUGGCGCGCAAGGGCAAGACCGUGGUGGCCACGGUGCACCAGCCGUCCUCCGAGAUGUACGCCCUCUUCGACAGGCUGCUGCUCAUCGCCGAGGGCCGCGUCGCCUUCCAGGGCACGCCCGACCAGGCGCUCGCCUUCUUCUCCAGCAUGGGCGCGACCUGCCCGGCGGGUUACAACCCGGCCGACUUCUUCCUGCACCUGCUGGCCGUCGUGCCCGAGAAAGAGGCGGAGUGCCGCAGCACCAUCGAGCUGCUCUGCGACAACUUCCAGCGGUCGCCCGGCGCCAAGGUCGCGGUCUGCAACGGCCAGCACGCCAACGGCGACUCUGACGACGAGCAUGUUGUGGCGCUGGUGGCGGCGGGUCGCGGCUCCUCCCCUUACAAGACGGGCUGGUGCGGCCAGAUGCGUGCUGUGCUCUGGAGGUCCUGGCUCAGCGUCGUCAAGGAGCCCGUGCUCAUCAAGAUGCGCAUGCUGCAGACCAUGAUGAUUUCACUCAUGAUUGGCAUAGUUUUCUACGGUCAAAGUCUUAAUGAAGAAAGUGUGAUGAACAUAAACGGUGCCAUUAUCAUUUUCAUCACAAACAUGACUUUCCAGAACAUCUUCGCCGUUAUUACUGUGUUCUGCUCGGAGAUGCCGGUGUUCCUACACGAGCACCGCGCCGGCAUGUACCGCGUGGACGUCUACUUCCUGGCCAAGACGCUGGCCGAGCUGCCCAUCUUCUCGGCCAUCCCGUGCCUCUUCACAGUCGUCUCCUACUACCUGGUGGGCCUCAACCCGGCGCCGGAGCGCUUCUUCUGCUGCGUGCUCAUCGCCAUCCUCGUCACCAAUGUAGCAACCUCCUUCGGUUACUUCGUGUCGUGCGUCAGCUCCAGCAUCUCGGUGGCAAUGUCGAUGGCGCAGCCGCUCAUCUUCCCGUUCCUGCUCUUCGGCGGUUUCUUCUUAAACGUCAGGUCGGUGCCGGCGUCCCUGGAGUGGCUGGCGCGGUUGUCGUGGUUCCGCUACGGCAACGAGGCCAUGUUCGUCAACCAGUGGGCCGGCGUGCCACACAUCGAGUGCUCCAGCAACACCACCUGCCCGGCCAGCGGCCACGUCGUCCUGCAGACGGUCGACUUCGACGAGGCCGACUUUGUGGAAGACCUGCUGGGCCUGACCGCGCUGGCCGUGGGUCUGCGUGUUCUGGCGCUCGUUGCGCUGCUGGUGAGGACGUGUCGCGGCAGCCGCUGAAGGCCCGACACUCCUCCUUCUCGUCGGUAGGCGGCAUCCGAGCGCGUCUCCGGGACACGGACUGCGUGCCUGCGAUCUCGUACAGUAGCAGUGUCUGUGGAACAGCGCCUCAAGUGCUGCCUCUUUACGCUCAGCUUUCUGUGUCAGGAGAUGUACAUUCCGUCCGAAAGAUAGUAUCGUAUUUCGUGAACUGGUUACACGCGCGCCGCACUCUUAGCAGUGGACGUGAUAACGUGACAGAAAUAGCUCUUCCCAGAUUGAAACGGCUCUGCCGACAAGGACGAUACAUCCGACAUUCGCACGGAUGUACCUGUGGUGAGCACCUGGUAAACAACCUUGCAGGAGCACACGGCGCCCUUCACUGUCAUAUUUUUGUUGUGACACAUCUUUUGAACAUAAGCAGACAGACUGACCUUGCACAUAUUGACAGUGGUAACCGGGCUAUUUCGCAUGCGUCUGACGAACAGGUAUAUGGAUCCAGAAUACAUAUAAAAGUUAUGUUCACGUAAAAACUAAAAUGUUCCUUAUUUAAUAUUUUCAAGAAAGGGGAGAUAUUGUAAGUGUAAUUGUCGUUUCUUUCCUUUUAUUUAUUACUAAAAUUUGUAAGGCUCUCUUAUAGCUUUAGAACGUUCAUUUAUAAAGUCUAUCUUUCUCAAGAACACCGUACAAAGAAAUACUAAUCAAAAGUGUCUUUUGUUAUUUUCGAUAAUAUAUUGGUCGAACUCUACAGUUCACAGUUAUAUACUAACUGAAGUGGCAAAAAACUUUGUGGCAUAUUAACUGCAGUUAUAUCAGUAUUAGUACCAGAAUAAACUGUGCUCAGGUGUCACUGCUUCGUAUUUGAAGUUCUACUGUCAGAAAAACCGUCAGUUUCACGAAUGUAUAGUACAUCAGGCGAAUGUAUUCUAAUGACUGAAGUUUGAUAAUUAUGAUGUGCCAUCACACUGUGGUAACAUAUUGUGAAAAUUGUGAUUACGUUUUGAAUAAAAAAUACUUUUUUACUG